UACUAGCUUGAUGGUGUUAAAUCCAGAGGCAACUGAUUGGAUUAUCGGAGGUCUUGCAGUACUAGGAAUUAGUAGUAUUUUAAGUUCUAUUAACUUCCUUGGUACUUGC